AUGAAAAUGGCGGGCUAGGAAAGUUGGUUGCAUCUAUACGGUCGACUUUCAGUGGCCCAGCACAAUGAUAGAACGUAGGACAAUUUUGUCUCAAAUUGUGGUUGAAACGAACGAAAUGUGAUAACUGGUAUUCUGGUGUUUGGAGACAAUUCUUUUUACAAGCUAAGAUACAUUGAAGAGGCCCUGAAAGUAAAAUUUAGGUUUUACUCUUUGAUUUUCAGCAUUCUAUCCCCAUUGAAGUAAAAGUCAGAAGGCACUACCUGCUACUGGUUCGAAAUGAGUGGAACCUUUAAAGACCGCAUUCGGUCUCUGAUCAGAAGCGGGCUCCGGAGACAGAAGACUGUAUCCCACAGCCCUCCUCCGUCUGCCACCAGACCGGCAUCCACUCUUCAACAACGUAUUUCCCACCCGUCAUCCCACCCGUACUGCGUUCCUCGCUCGAGCAGUACUUCAGAAGGUCUCCAAGACCCUUCCACUAAGGCGGGCUGCUCGAGAGACCCCAAUUAUGUCUUCUCCCGUCGACACAGUUCGACUCUUCCCUUCACCCAGAGUGACCAGAACUUCUUGCCUCCGUGUUCAGGAAGAGACUUAAGUCACAACGAUGACGAUGAUGAUGAUGCUGAUGAGGACCGGAAUGAUCACGAGGAUAGGGAGAAAUUAUCACCCAUUAAAACUCCAGAGUCGGCGAGAUACACUGCCAUAUCUCCCAUAGCGCAUUUCUACGAGGUGUACAAGGCGAACGGUGGGAAAUUCAGCAAAACGACAGGAGCAGGAGGGGGGAACUCUGCUAAACUGAAGUGUUUAACAGGGUCGUCAAUGAGGCGGGAAAAGUCGGAUUCAUCUGAGGACUUGAUAAAUUGUGUAACGAUCUGUUCCCAAAAUAUUCCUGAGCCAACAUUUCACAACGAUGUGGGGUACACGGAGACCAAACAGUCAGAUGUAGCGGAAAGAAAGGAAACGAAGAGUGAGGAUCAAGGUUCUGCAGGGACUGUAGAAGAUGGCAACAGUGGUGCAGACCAGCAGAAUGCUGCAGACACACUAAAGGACAGAGGAAGGGAAGGAACUGUGGAGCGAUGCCAGCCUAAAGAGGAGGCAUCCAAGAAAAUACAGAUGUGCUCAUCCCCGAAAAACAACGCCAGUAAAGAAGGCGAUCUUGAUGGUAAUGAUGAUGAUCACGGCGUUGAAAACAAGGGCAGCGCAGAAGAGAGUAAGGACAUGAUGAGUGAUGAGACUGGCAUGGUAGAUGUAUACCGUCUACAGGAAGAAGCAAGCGUUACGGGACAACUGCUGUGGAAGGGUAUAAGACGAUACAGAAAAAAGACGGCGAAAAUAGCAGCACUUCAAAAAUAUAUUGAUCAGCUGAACAGGGAAACGGCAGAGCUGAAAAGACUCCACACUCAAGCAAACCGUGCGACCAGAGCUCUUCUACUAGAAGGCAGGGAAGUCAAGAACGCCAUGGCCGCUGUCUGUGACGUCACCGUUGCGACCAUUCGCAAAGAGACGCAAGCUCAGAAGUUAGAGCCCUUGUGCUACCGUCGCUAUAUCAACUUACGGACUGCUGCUGAUGCUACGAAUGUGCUCACUGCCAUAAGAAAGCGUCAGUUGGUCCAACUUGGUCAGCGGCUCCGACUCCACGCCCACAUUGUCCGUUGCGCUGUCUGGAAGCAAUGACGUCACAGGACCUGGUGAAAAUGAAGGAGAUGAGCAGGGCACUGAAGUCUGAAGGUCAUCAAUUGGGCUCACCAACACAAAUAAAAUAACUUGUGUGAAGUUCAAACAACCCAAAUUAAUAUUUAAUUAAUCAAUUAAAUAAUCAAAAUAUAAUAAGAUUAGAAAGAACAAAAGAAAAUGGGCUAAAAACAAAAUGUGUGAAGUUUAAUGAACUAAAAGAAGAUACAAUACUUAGAUCUCAUAAAAUUAUGUGAGGAUUUCUUUGAGAACAGAGAAGAGAAAAAUGCAAAUAAAUUUACUUCAGACAGUACCUCUU